CAAAACACACACACAUCCAUAUUACACCUAUAUAUAUCUAUACAGUACCAAAGUACUCAUAAUUCAUAUUCAUCCACAAAACUUCAAGACAUUUUUAUAUUUCUUGUUUUUAUUAAGCUAUGCCAGAACCUAACUUGAACGGAGCCUAUUAUGGCCCUUCAAUUCCACCACCAACCAAAACCUACCACCGUAGCCGCGGCGGUGGCAGCUGUUGCAACCCAUGUAGCUGUCUCUUCAAUUGUCUCUGUACUUGUAUUUGCCAAAUAAUCAUCACCCUUUUUAUCAUCCUUGGAGUCAUUGCAUUAGUCCUGUGGCUUGUCUUACGUCCUAACAAAGUCAAAUUCUAUGUGACUGAUGCCACGUUGACACAAUUCGAUUAUUCAACCACGAACAACACCCUCUACUAUGGUCUCGCCCUCAACAUGACCAUCAGGAACCCCAACAAGCGCGUUGGGAUUUACUACGAUUCGAUCGAAGCAAGAGCUAUGUAUGGAGGCCAGAGAUUUGCUAGUCAAAAUUUGGAACCGUUUUAUCAGGGUCACAAAAAUACUAGCAAUUUGCGUCCAGUGUUUAAAGGACAGAGUUCGGUUCUACUGGGAGAUCGAGAGAAAUCAAAUUACAUUAAUGAGAAGAAUUCAGGGGUUUAUGAGAUUGAAGUGAAGCUUAAUAUGCGUAUUAGGCUUAAGAUUGGUUGGAUUAAAACUCACAAAAUUAAGCCUAAAAUUGAAUGUGAUUUUAAGGUUCCUUUGGAGUCAAAUGGCGGACAUGGUAAUUUUGAGGAAACUAGAUGUCAUCUUGAUUGGUAGACCAUAUAUUCUUUAGAUUAUUAUUAUUAUUAUUUUAUUUUAUUUUAUCUCUUUUGUUUUUCCUAUUUGGACUUUAGCAUUCAUGGACAUAUGCUUUAUUGUUAUUUGGUUAUUGUUGUGAAAUAAAUAAUAUUCAUUUUUCUUCUCAA